AUGAAGUUCUUUUCGGAGGAGAUCGGGAAGUACCAGACUUCUUUAGGCUUUGAAGUGGUUGGAGGUAUCUACGGAAAUGCGCCCGUCUCGAUCGAUGUGGAGGGAAUUACCGCCUUCCCAGGCAUCAGCAGUGAUCCUCGGAAUGUCUUCAUGCGCCGUGUGAAGACCAAACCUGCGAGCGGAUAUGCCAGCAAACAGUACGUGGCUUCAUCAGGUAUCUUUGAGUUUGGACCUCUUUUAGUCGGGCGCAGCCCUGACGCCAAGGAUGAGGAGUUUCCUUUCACGAUUGAGCCGAAGCAACUUGAGUUGGAGGUGAAAGAAGGAACCUACAGCGACACCAUUGUAGCCACCAUCACUGACAACCCUGAUGCUGUUGAGUUUGCUAUCGCUGCAAUUGGAGCUUUGCCCAAGGUCAGUGUGGAUAACACCGAGCUGGACUUUGACCGGUUGCUGGUGAAACAGCGGGCGGCGCAAACAUUGAAGGUGUGGACUGGGGUGUUUGUGGUGUGUCAGUGGGCGCCCCUACGGCGCAGGAUGUGCCACUGUGUGCUGGCAGUGGGUGAGGAGAAACUUAUCAGUGUGAUCUUCAAGUCGGAGACCGCCUGCGUACACAAGUUCAAGCUUACUCUGCAGAUCUCUGAUGUGGAAGGCUUGCGGAGCUGGGAGAAUGCUGCCGAGCUCAAUGUCCAGGCCGAAGCCUUCGUGGUGGAUGUGGUGCCGCAGUUUCCGGAGGAAGCGACCGGCUUGGACUUUGGUGAUGUGCGAGUCGGCGAACUGGUCGAGAAGAGCUUCCAGGUGGCAAACAACGGGAAGUAUCCGGUGAAGUUCCAGCUCCAUAUUCGGCGGAAGAGCGUCCGAGAGCUCGUGCAGAUCGACUACGGCGUGCCGUUGGAGGAGCCUCAAAUGUCAGUCUCGGAGAAGCCAGCAUUCCAACAAGUACAAGUACAAAACUGUACAAUAAUACAAGACUGUGGCCAUGUGAAGUUGAAAAGCCUUUCACAUUCAGAACUUCCUAUGUGCAACUUCAUGUGCAACAUUGAACAAUGUAUAUCCCCGAGGGGCAAUAAGGACCGUCUCGACAGGACGAGUCAAGGGAAGACCACCAAUUAUAUUCUAUAG